AUUUUCACACACAAUUACAAUGGAAUGUUUUUCGUUUAACAAGCAUGCAAUAACAGUACUGUGGAAAACAAGUUUGAUAUUUGAUGUCGAGAACGACUGUUUCGCAAUACUUGAUUGUAAACAUAGCUUUGAAAGGGAAGAAAACCUACGGAUAUUUCAUUGGUGUUGUCAAAACUCUUCAACUUUCAUUUUUAUCAUUUCAUCAAACGUUUGACGCCUGCAGUGCACAUUCUCAGGAUGCAAAAUGCAACAACAAGUGGACUAUGUAUAGGACUUGCACUUUUUUAACUGACAGAUGGCCAAGUCACUAAGAAGGGAAGAUGGACUACAUUAUAAAGAGAAUAGAGAGGAAUCAGAGGUUUUUAAAAAUCUUGCUGGACUGAACAGAUCGAUACUCAAAGGUUUGGUUAAACUUCGAGGAGAGCCACCAAUAUCAAGAACCAGAGAACUAUCAUUGAUGCUUGAAGAAGUUAUGUGGCAUGCUCAAGAAACAAGGAUUAUACUCAAAGAGAUGCAAGCUAGAGCUCAGAUGGCACCGACGAGCUUCCAAGACAGAGCCUCACAGACUCCAAGGAGAUGGAAAAAAGACAUGGAACUGAGCAAAAAACAACUUGGAAAGAUGCAGCAGUUUGCAGAUGAGGUUUGUUCAGCAGUGGAAGAUGGAUCCAAACAAGGGUUGCCUGUGAUUGGAGAAUCGCGUCAUAAACAUGAAACAUGGUGUGAACAGUCCUAUAGGCAUGUGGUACCCACCAUUCAGCAUUGGACAGGGAUCAUCCUGAAAGACAAGCACACAGAUGCUCGUAGUGAGAGGCAAAAGAAGAAAGACCUGUUUGAAGCUGAGAAAAUUGUGUCCCAUUUUCAGCGGCUGUUUGAUGUACCCACAAGAGAAGGAAGCUAUGCACGAAUGACAGAGGUCUAUCACAGACUAGAGGAACUGAACAACAUUCUUCAUACCCUCAAGAGUCUCCUAGGACUACCUGAUGGUAUACCUGCUAAUAGAGUGGUAGUGGCCUUGGGUCAUCUCUGUGACCUACAUUCAGAUACCUCUACAAAACUACUUAGCCACUUACUGCAGACAGACAACCUUGAAAGGCUGAUCCUUUGCCUUGAUCAGUAUCACAAAUUCUUCCCUGUAUUUGAGGGCAUUGCUAAAGAUCUUAUGGAAAUAUUGGGUGUGGAUUCAUUAGGGAAAGUGGUGCCUGCCGUCAGAGCGCUGAAACUCUUACAUCCUUAUUGAAUGAACCAUGGCAUAUCCUUAGAGUCAAACUAAAUGUAGGGUUGGGGAGAGUGGUUCCAAUUCUCAAGAGUGCUGAAAAUUGCACUUUUGCCUACUCUUUUCCAACAGCAUAGGUAUUUUUUAUGUGACACAAUAUUGUCAUUCUUGUAUGAUUCAACAAAUUGUUCACUUACAGCUUGUCUCAUUUUCAGUAAUUUUUUUGUAUGUUUAUUCUUAUUUUGGAGUGUAUGUAACUGAUAAUUUGCAACCUUCAUCACUAUAAUUUCCUGUUUUAGUACUCCAUAUUGCAUCAUUGGCAUUAUCAUAUGCAGGAAAAAUGUUGAGUCAUGACUUUAUCCUUAGUUUUUAUAAUACAUUUGCAAUAUCAUCACACCACAGUCCUGAGUGUAGUGUAAGUUUCAGGAUUACAGGUUGUCUUAAUUAUAAGAAUUUCAAUAGAUUUAAUUGAAAGUUAUUUGGAUUGAAAAUGUCCUCAGAAAUUAAAUAAAAAUGUUCAAUUUAGUCCAAUUUUUUUUUCUUCAGAGUUAGUAUGGGUGCAUUUAAGGGCCAUCUUUUCUUAGGAACCUUUUUUUUUUACUUUAUGAGAAAGGUCAUGAAUCCUGCCUCAUCCUGUCCAAAUAUCAAGGUUGUUCACUUAUGAUUAGCAGAUAUGUCCACUUUAUAAAUCUUGAAUUAUUAUAACACAGUAAUCAGUUGGUACACGAUGUCCAGGCUUUUCUUCAGAACUUCACAGAAUUAAGACAAAUAUUGGUACUCUUUAUUCUGGAUCUUCAAGAAGGCAGUGCUCAUUUUGCGUACCUGUUUCUUUGAUUAUGAUAAGAAUUAAUGCAGUAUUGACACUUGUGUGUGUGGGGGGGGACUUUACAUAAUAAUGUGCAAACUUGUAACUGUAGAAUAUUGCAUGUCAGGUUUGUUUCAUUUGAGUGGAUAUAUAUCUCAAUAAUGUUUAUCAUCUAAGUUCUAUAUGAAGAUUUGUUACGACAUGGUGCAACAAUUGCAGCAACUGUUGUGGUACAGAGUCAUUGGAAUAUUGUCACAGAUUUUAGGAGAACAUUUUUUGUUGCCUGGCUAUAAAAAGGCAGGAUCUAAUUCUUAAAAACCCUUAAUCAAACCUAAACCUCAUAUAAAAUUACAUACAUGUUAACUGCAUGGACAAACUUGUGACAUCAUGUAUCUUGACUAAUGAGAUUUUAAUGAAAUCAUAAUGAGAUCAUAUAGAAACCCAAAAAAAAAAAUCAUCAUGUCAAGACUUUGCCCACACAACUGAACAUUUCUUUGUUAAGUUUAUAAUUAACGUUGGUUUGUCUAGAUAACUGAAAAUUUUUGUAGGGUUCUAAGUGAUUGUGAUAAUUAACGUUACCUCACUAUGUCUGAAUACAUAAAAAAAUAUUGCUGAGUUUUUCCACCAUAGAUCAACAAGGUUUUUUUUUGUUUUUUUACUUUACUUGCUCUGUGUGCUUGACUGCUUGUGUAUAUUGAAAAGAUUGUAAAGCAUCAAGAGAAAUAAAUAUAUGUGAUAAUGUA